CGUCGCCUACGCUUUUGACGAAUCGCACAGGAGCCGGGGCGCCUCCCACCCUUCGCACUGAGCUGAGCCGCUGGAGUAGAGACGCACACAGCGGAGUUCAGUCCAUCUCUCCCCGCAGCUCGCUAACCUCGCAGCAAGGCCACUGCGGGAAGAUGGCGACGGAAAAACCGAAACAUGAAGGAAGAGUUAAAAUUGGACAUUACAUUCUCGGAGACACACUCGGAGUGGGGACGUUUGGAAAGGUUAAAGUGGGCCAACAUGAGCUGACCAAGCAUCAAGUGGCAGUGAAGAUCUUGAACAGGCAGAAGAUCCGCAGUUUGGAUGUGGUGGGAAAGAUUCGCCGGGAGAUCCAGAACCUCAAGCUUUUCAGGCAUCCUCACAUAAUUAAACUGUAUCAGGUUAUUAGCACCCCUACAGAUAUCUUCAUGGUGAUGGAGUAUGUCUCAGGAGGGGAGCUCUUCGACUACAUCUGCAAAAAUGGAAAGUUGGAUGAGAAGGAGAGUCGUCGGCUGUUCCAGCAGAUUAUUUCAGCAGUAGACUAUUGCCACAGACACAUGGUGGUGCACCGAGACCUCAAGCCUGAAAAUGUGCUGCUUGAUGCACACAUGAAUGCCAAGAUUGCUGACUUUGGUUUAUCAAACAUGAUGUCAGAUGGAGAGUUCUUGCGAACAAGCUGCGGUUCUCCAAACUAUGCUGCUCCUGAGGUCAUCUCAGGAAGGUUAUAUGCUGGUCCAGAGGUAGAUAUCUGGAGCAGUGGGGUCAUUCUCUAUGCCUUGUUGUGUGGGACACUUCCCUUCGAUGACGACCACGUGCCAACACUCUUUAAGAAGAUCUGUGAUGGGAUCUUUUUCACCCCGCAGUAUCUGAACCCUUCAGUAAUAAGCCUCCUUAAACACAUGCUGCAGGUGGACCCCAUGAAAAGAGCCACCAUCAAAGAGAUCCGAGAGGAUGAGUGGUUCAAACAGGACCUACCCAAGUACUUGUUCCCUGAGGACCCUUCGUACAGCAACAACAUGAUUGACGAUGAGGCCCUGAAAGAGGUGUGUGAGAAGUUUGAGUGCACAGAGGAGGAGGUCCUGGCCUGCAUAUACAGUCGCAACCAUCAGGAUCCACUGGCCGUCGCCUACCACCUCAUUAUUGACAAUCGUCGCAUCAUGAGCGAAGCCAAGGAUUUCUACCUGGCGUCCAGCCCUCCCGACUCUUUUCUAGACGACCAGCACCUGACCUCGUCUGGUGCAGCUGUGGCCGGCAUUAUCAAGCCCCACCCAGAGCGCGUACCCUUCCUCGUGGCAGAGACUCCUCCCAGGCCUCGGCACACACUGGACGAAUUGAACCCCCAGAAGUCCAAGCACCAGGGCGUUAGAAGGGCCAAGUGGCACCUGGGUAUCCGCAGUCAGAGUAGACCCAAUGAUAUCAUGUCGGAAGUGUGCCGUGCCAUGAAACAGCUGGAUUAUGAGUGGAAGGUUGUGAAUCCAUAUUAUUUACGUGUGAGAAGGAAGAAUCCUAUUACUGGGAUGCAAACCAAGAUGAGCCUUCAACUCUACCAGGUGGACAGUAGAACCUACCUCCUUGACUUCCGUAGCAUAGAUGAUGAUAUGUUGGAAACAAAAUCUGGAACUGCUACCCCUCUCCGCUCCGGGUCUGUGGGCAACUAUCGCACCACUAUUAAGAACGAAGUAGACGGGGCUGACGCUCCACCUACAUCUAGCAUUGUGCACCCCACCAAGGCAGCAGAGGGCUCCUUAGCUUCAUCGUUGACCUCAUCCAUCGACUCAACGGGAGGGGGGGACAACGCGUCUAUCCCUCGACCAGGAAGCCACACCAUCGAGUUCUUUGAGAUGUGCGCAAAUCUUAUUAAACUACUUGCACGAUAGCUUGCAAAACAAUCGCUAGCCUUUUUUCCUCUCCGAGUGUCUUUAUAGCAAUAAGCAUGCAACCGAUUCAUGGCUCAAUUCAUCCCGGCUGAGGAUGAAGUGAUUGUUCCAUGGCACUGAUGCAGGUUGGUGUUCCCUAAGUUGAAGGGAUGUAUACUGAGCUGACAGGGGAUGUACGGGGUUAUUGGAAAAAGAUGAAUGACAAGCUACUUAAUAGCUAGGACAGAACAACAUUUAGGAUGGGGGGGUUUUACAAUUUCCUGAUCAAUUUAAUAGCAAAUGUCCACAUCCCACCUACACAUAUAUGCGCAAGUGAUUACACUGAAUUUUCUGUACUGUAGCCAGUGAGCACUGCUUUCCAGUACAGACAACAAGACCAAGUUUUUGCCUGCAGAGGAGGAAGCCACAUGUUGAGGGUUUUGGUAGCUGGGUGGCAGACAUGUAGGAUGCAGGAAGCACUUUUGCACAAGUUUCUUUUAUUUCCUGCUGCUCUUGUUUUUCUCUCAGUGGGGAUCAGAGAAGUGGUGCAGAUGUAUCGGGGUGCCGCACUGGCUAUAACUAGGGUUGUCGUGCCCAUCACAUUCAUUGGACUACAAGAAGUGCAAUGACCCCUGUAUUUCUGUCUUGUGUCAGGGAUAAAAGAAUGCUUCAUCAGAUUUAUGUUUGGUUUUCUUUUUUGUGAAUCUGAGUUGUCAGAGACUAAAUUUUCAUGGUUUUGUCCUUGUUGUAAAAAUUUGUUUGAACUUGUCUGUCCCCGACAUUUUUAUAUAUAAAGACGUGAAUAUAUUUAUCAGUGCGUUAAGUGGACAGAGUGUUGGUUCUAUUGGAAAUGGAUUUUUUUCUUUCUUGCAUUAAGAUCUAUUGCUGGAUGGUAUAUAUUUUCCUUUUUUACUGUCUUGUUUUUAAAUCAAUAUCACAGUUUUGUUUCCUUCAAUCACAAUUAUUCUGAUACUUGAUUGUCUUUCCAGAUAAAUAUAGCCUGCUUUUACCAUUUAAGAGAUAUUUUGCCAUGACAGUCAAAAUCUAGAAAUAUCACUUUCAGUGUCACAUAUUAAAAUGACAAGUUGAUUUUGACCUUUUUUUUGUUGUAUUUUCUCUAUUUCUUUUUUCUUUUAGAUUAAUGAUUAGAAUUUGAGAAUGAUUACUGAGUGAAAUGCCUUUUGCCUACAUUUGAUUCAUAAAUUCGCCAAUCCAUUACAAGUGUAUAGGCCUCAGGGCUCAAUUUGAAAAUGAGUGCAAUUUGAACAUGCCGUGCAUGGACAGUGUCUAUUGGCAGGUGAAUACAUCCAAAAUAUUGUCAUUUUUGGAUCUGUUUAUGUUUUGGUUGCCCAUACAUUCCCUUGAAAGUUGGCCUGGAAAAAGGUUCACAUGUUUAAACCUGAAACAGACUUGUGAGCUUUUAUGUAUUAAGUUCUGUCAGGUAGUUCGCAAUUCUGACAAAUGUAAAAACAUCUCACAGGCAUUGAGAUCAUAAAUGUGUGGUUGACGUGUACUUGAUGAAAAAUGUCAGACAGAACCUUAUGCUUACAAUCUCACAAAGUCUUUUGAUAUGUCUUUAUGAUGAGCUUCCCUCCAUUUCCUGUCCACAGUCUUAAAGUUUUAAGUGGUGUCUGUUGUUUGGCUGCCUUAUCAUUAUCAGUACUGUCAAUCAGUUUUUAUGUCAGUAAAAGUUGGAAUUCAGUGCUGAUCAGAAUUAUUGGCACCUUUUUUGCAAUUUUAAGGGCUGAAGUCCACAAAUAAUGUUGUCAGUGUUCAUUCAUAAAACUAUUAGUUGAAAAUUCAGAUUAUUGAAGUGUUGACGUUACUGAAAAAAAGAGACUCCUUAACUGCAAAACUUUGUUCUUGCCAAACUGCUGUAGACCUCAGUUACUGCUACCAAUGUUUUAGUUAUGGCAAUAGGAAAAACAAACCAAACUUAAAUAGUUAAGUGGUUUCUCAUUUCAUCGUCUUCAUUUCAUUUUCAGUAAAUUAAAUUAGGUUUGAAAGAACUUUGCAUGUUCUCAUUGUUAUAUCGGACAAUUAAAGUUUUAUUUUUCUCAAGAGGUGUUAGCAGUUGCUAAAGUCUGGGUUUCCAGUGUUUAGCUAUCCACAGCUUUAAUACUCUAAAAUAUAUCGUUUGUAUGAACAAUUUUACGUCUCAGAGUUAUAAUACAACAAAAAUUGCUGAGAGUGACAAUAAUUGUGAUCACCUUGUCUCCCUGCUGUCCUGUGGGGUAGAUUUGGACUGAAAUGUUAAGUUGAUAUUUGACCUUUAUGUCUCACUUUUAACCUAGAGUUUAUGACAUAUAGUGAUUAUGGUAAAUUAAAGAAAACGCACACUAUGGUCUUGGAAAGAUAUUGUAAAACUAAACCUUUUUAGUUUUAAAGGGCAGUUGCAAGUUCUGAUUACAAAACUUGUCAUGGCUGACAUGACAGGUUUUGUGGGAAAGAUGAAUGUGUGAAACAGUGACCUUUUUGACAGCUUAUGGAGUAGUUUCCUAGUGGACUGUUAGCAGGUAAAUUCUGUCAGUCUAAUGGUUUGAACUGCUUCAAAGUAAUAUUAUUCUAUUUUUGUUUGGUGUGUAAAGGGACCCUACCAGAUUGACCAGUGUAAAUCUGAAUGGACAGUGUUGAAAUCAUUUGUAUACACAACUGCCUAAUAAACUGCUAAAUUGCACACAA